CUUUCACCCUGUCCUUCUCUCUCCCUCUUCCUCCCUCCCUAUUGUCUCUCUUCCCCCCGUCCCCAACCCUCUCCUCGCCUUUGUUUUGAACUUUUUCUUUUUCUUUUGUUCACGAAUCCCGUUCCCAACGCCUCCUGAAUUCCUCAUCCAUCCGAUCAACAAAUUAUCCGCUGGAUCAUGCAAAUCCAGCUCUCCGGGUACCCCACCUUAGCCUCUACCCCGCCAUGAGCUCUUCUCUCGAGGCUAAAAUUGUUGUCCUCGGCGCCCAAGGCGUCGGCAAAACCUCCCUUGUCGAUCGCUAUGUCAAGAACGACUUCAACCCCUCCGCUACAGCCUCGACUGUGGGAGCCUCCUUUGUGACGAAGCGCGUCCUCGACAGCUCUUCCGAUACCAUCGUUCGACUUCAGAUCUGGGAUACAGCCGGUCAGGAACGUUUCCGUAGCAUCUCUCGUCUCUACUACCGCGGCGCCAAUGCCUGCCUUCUCUGCUACGACAUUACCGACGAGCAAAGCUUCCAAGAAAUGACCGGCUGGCUAGCGGAAUUGAAGAAGAACCUUGCUGAAGACGACCCCAUUGUGAUUCACGUCGUCGGAACCAAAACCGAUAUUGUUACCCUUGAUCCCUCUCGGCGAAGAGUCCCCUUCGAACGCACCAUCGCCUACGUCGCGGAGCAGCUUUACCCAACACAAGCAUCCACACCGCCCGCGACGGCCGGCCUGGGCGGGCAUUCAUCCAGUACACUCGCAGGCGUUGAUAGCAAGCGCAGUAGUGCGUUCUGGGGCCAGGAUAUCGGGUGGGAUUGUUGCCAUGAGAUUAGCGCCAAGGAUGGUGAGGGUAUCGAGGAGGUAUUCCGGGUCAUAACGCGGAAGCUGGUCGAGCAGCGCAACAAGCGGGAAGCGGGAACAAGUUCAUCGCAGCGAUCAUCGACGGUUUUUGACGGGACGACGUCUUCUCUUACCCCCGGAAAUAUCGAUGGGAAUGGGAGCUUCCGCUUGGGGUACGGGGACAAACGCCGCAGCUGGUUAGGAUUUCCGCCCAGUAGUGUGGGGGAUGAAUUGGAAGAUAUUGUGGAGGGUCCUAAGCGGAAAGGAGGACAGUGUUGCUGAGCUACUAUCCUCCUGCUGGUUAUGAUGAUGUGACGACGAUGGAUGUUCAGUCUCUUAUUU